GAAACACAUACAGGCUUUUUCUUUCCACUACCCAACCAGCUUCGACCUUCGAACCUUGACAACAACAAUCCUCUCUGCAUUCACUCGCCGUUGUUUCAAAACCAUCGCUAUGAGCGGUAUUAACGUACUAAUCUACACCGGCAAUGGAACCUCGCCCAAUUCUGUUCGCCAUACACAAAACACCCUGAAAUCGUUGUUGGGUCAUGCUUACGAUGUCGUGCCCGUUGAUGCCAAAACGUUGCGUCAGGAGCCUUGGGAAGGAACUUGUGCCUUGCUUGUCGUUCCUGGUGGACGAGACUUGCCCUACUGCAACGAUUUGAAUGGCGUUGCCACUAGUCGUAUCAAGCAAUACGUUCGCUGCGGCGGUCGAUACCUUGGCCUGUGUGCAGGUGGCUACUUUGGUUCGAGCACUAUUGAAUUUGAGCAAGACCGAAAAGAUAUGCAAGUCUGUGGCAAACGUGAGCUCGAGUUUUUCCCUGGACUCUGUCGUGGCACUGUAUACCCUGGUUUUGUCUACGAAAGCGAACAAGGUGCUCGCAGUACUGCGAUAAGGCUUGUCAACGAGCAUUUGCAGCCUUACUACCCCUCAGAUUCGCUCGUUCCAAAAUCAAUUGACAUGUAUUACAACGGAGGUGGCUACUUUGCCCAUGCGGACCAAUAUCCCAACGUUCAAGUACUCGGUCGCUUUGUGGAUGCAGGCAUCUGCAAGGACGAGGACUAUCCGGCAGCAGCAGUCCAUUGCACUAUCGGCGACGGCUCAGCGGUCCUGAUCUCGACACAUCCUGAAUAUGAUAUGUCGCUACUGGAACAGCCAGACAUGAGCAGUGAAAUGUUGGCAGAGUUACAACGUUCGGAACCGGACAGAAAGGCGUUCUUGCGUGCAGUGUUUGCGAAAAUGGGCUUGAAAGUGGUUGGAUUUGCCAAGGGUCAAGUUGAUGAAAUCAAGGUUCCAGACCUGACACCAGUCUAUUUGACCGCCCUCAAAGGUCAGAUUGCACACACCAUUGCUACGGAGCUGCAGGCUGAGGCAAAGGACUCGGUGAUUACGGAUUCCAACGAUACGUUCCUGCUUUCGAGUUCGAGCGAUGAUCCAGUAUUGAAAAAGCUGGCGGCGUUGACCGUGGAUGAUGAGGACAGGCCCAAGCCAAUAGAAAUUCGAAUCCCUGAUUUUUCAUCAGAUCCAGCUUGUCCCGAGCGUUCGCUUACCCCACAUUUCGAUAUCAAAGCUUACUAUGAUGCGCUGCUUGCUCGCCGCGAUCAAGAGUGGGGUGGUGGAAGGUGGUAUCUUUUUGGCAAUGCACUGAUGUAUACAGAAGUCAUCAAUAGCACGCAGACCAUUUUAGACAAGAACUACAAUUUUGCUCAAAAGCUACCAACCGGCCUUGUGUGUACUGCAACAACACAGCUGGCUGCUCGAGCCCGUGCUCGUAACUCGUGGGUGUCGCAAUUGGGUGCUCUCCAGUUCAGCUAUAUACUGCGACAUAGCCUCAAGCUUUCUCAUGCACCAGUUGUGUUCCUUCAGUAUAUUAUUGCACUUGCCGUCGUGGAAAGCGUUCGAAGCCGUAAAGGAUAUGAAGGAGUCCCUCUUCGUGUCAAGUGGCCGAACGACGUCUAUGCCGAGGAUGGAGAUCAGCUGAAGAAGGUUGGAGGAAUACUUGUGAAUUCGAGCUUUGUUCAAGACGAGUUUUUGAUAGUCAUUGGGUGCGGUAUCAACGUUUCCAACCCACGCCCAACGGUCUCCAUAAACGAUGUAAUUCAGGCACACAAUCCCUCUCUUCCUAGAAUCUCGCCAGAAGACAUGCUCGCCGGAAUUUUGGUUCUUUUUGAGAGAUUUUACUCAGAAUUUUGCGAAAAGGGCAUGGGUUCUUGGUUUUUGGACCUAUACUAUAAGCGGUGGUUGCAUAGCGAUAAGGUCGUUACGCUAACAACACAUGAUAAUGUGCGUGUCAGGAUUACUGGCAUUACCAGUGACUGGGGUAUGCUUGAAGCUGUUGCAGUAGAGGGAGGAAAGCGCUUCACACUGCAACCUGAUGGCAACAGCUUUGACAUGCUGAAGGGUCUCAUUAUGAAAAAAAUGUAAAAAGAAAAGCUUUAUUGUACUAGUAUUUGUACCUGUAUUUCGAUUUUUAUUAUUUACCAUACCAACAAGAAGAUUGACUGUCAUAUCGGUUGUUCAGUGUUCAAAAUUCG